AUGAACUUACAGAAAUCGACCACACUCGAUAGAUCAAGUGACAUGAAGCAAACAAUGAAAAUAUCUACUAAUUCAGAGAGCAGAACUCACGAUCGACAAAGAGGUAUUCAAUUAAUACAAAAUGUCGUUCUCAUUUGGUUAGACAAUCGCAUGAAUAUCGAUAACAUGAACCAUCAUGAUACAAUGAUUCAAUUGAAAUGUGUUGUCGACAGCAUCUAUACAUUCAAUGAUUAUGAUCAAUGUGUUGAUUUCGUCACAGACAUUCAGAAUGAGAAAGUUUUUAUGGUAAUUUCCGACAUAUCGUGUGAAAACAUUGUACCUUUGAUUCAUGAUAAUAACCAACUUUAUGCAAUCUUUAUCUUUGGGAGUCAUUCAAACGAACAUGAACAAUGGGCUCAAGAAUGGCCUAAGAUCAGAGGUUUAUUUUCAGGCAUACUACCACUAUGCGACAUGCUUAAAAGCGUUACACAACAAUGUCAACAGAAUACCAUUUCUAUGAGUUUCAUCGCGACGGAUAACGACGUAUCCAAACAAACACUGGAUCGAUUAGAUUCAGCAUUUAUGUACACGCAAAUCAUCAAAGAUAUUUUGUUAACUAUUAAAUUUGAACAAGAACAUAUUAAAUUAUUUGUUGACUAUUGCCGAAACACGUUCGUUGAUAAUGAAAGGACAUGUGAACACGUCAAUGAAUUUGGAUUCAACUACAAGAAGAAUUCACCAAUUUGGUGGUAUNUUUUUUUUAUUUAUACGUCCUUCUACUUCUUUGUUUCAAUUCUUUGA